CAGAAAAUUGCGCUUCAUUUCAGAUCUGUUUUUCACUCCAGACAUGAGAGCAGAUAGUCCGUCACACAGCAAGCGUUCUCCUUUCUAAUGUGUUUUUAACUGUAUAAUUGAAAUUUUAACUUUAUACCUUUAUACACUAUUACCCAGUCUCUACUGUAGUGUCGGUGUCCCCAAAUCACAGAAAGUACCGUUGGCGACAUCACGUUCACGUUCUGACGACCCGACCUCUGGACGUGAUGAUGUAGACGCAAAGUAAUCGGUUUAAAGUGUUUACAUGGCAGGAUUUUAAUUUUGUUCGGUUUAUAGAAAGGUUUAUCCCACCCCUCUCAAACCGAUUACAAUUUCAUUCGGUUUGGGCAUUUUUAUUUUCCGAUUGAGGUGUUUAUAUGGAGCAUUUUCAUUCGGAUUGGACUUUUAAACCGAUUACAGUGCUCCAUGUAAACGCACCUAGUGUCACAACAGUCAUCAGCACCCACGUUCACCUGAGUAUUAAUCACCCGCACCUGCUGCUUCCAAUCAAGGUCCACUUUAUCUACACACUCUCCUCGUCCAGUCUACCGUUCACAACCUGAACUAAACCAGACUCUCGCUAUCUGAAUUUACCUGUGUUUACUCUCUCUAGAUCAGGGGUGGGGAACGUUGAUCCUGUAGGGCCACUCUCCUGCAGAGUUUAGCUCCAACCCUGAAAAACCCUGGAAAACAAUACCUAACUGCAUCCUGAAGACCUUGAUUAGCUGGUUCAGGUGUGUUUGAUUAGGGUUUGAGCUAAACUCUGCAGGGACACCGGCCCUCCAGGAUCAACGUUCCCCACCCCUGCUCUAGAUGUUCCAGUGCUCCACCAAUCCAGUUCUCCUCCGCUCCAGCUCAUCCUCGAUCCUCCUACGACAAAGCAAAGAUUCAUUACUGCAAGCUAAGCCAUUCGGACAUUUAUACUCCGUCUCAUACUCACCUCUCGUCUGCACCAGAUUCACCCUCGCUCAUCACUCAAUAAAGCUCUGUGUUUAACCACUUACCUCUGUGUCCCUUGCCUGUGUUGUGACAGAAGACCGGACCCGGAUACAUAUCAUGGAUCCCCAGCUUCCCACUCCAGCGGACAUGCUCGAGGAGUUAGUCAACACCCUCAGAACCACUCUCACUCCAGUUCAAACCCCUGUAUCUGCCUCUACCAGUCCCAUGGCCAUUCCUGCUUCCUAUUCGGGCGAUGCAGCUGAGUGUGGUGGUUUCCUUCUCCAAAUCUCCCUGUUCAUAGAAAUGCAGCCGCAGAAGUUUACCAACUAACGCUCGAAGGUAGCCUUUCUUAUUUCCCAACUGAGUGGCAGAGCCUUGCUCUGGGCUCGCGCUAUAUGGAAUGUUCAAAGCACCAUACUUAACUCCUUUAUAAUAUCUCAUAUCAAUAGCGCAUAUCUCAAUGCCUCACCGCCUGCCACUCAGAGGAAGCCCCACGCCAGCUUGCCACACCCGCCUAUAGUUCCCCAGUACCAGAACCCAUGCAGGUAGACUCCACACAAUUAUCACGCAUGGAGCGUGCUCGCCGCCUUGUGGCCAGAUUAUGUCUGUACUGCGCAGCUUCCUACUAUUACAUCAGGACCUGUCCCGUCCGUCCCCCACACCCAGCGGUGAGUACUAUUCCAGUUGAACCUGAAAUCUUCUCGUUAUCUCUCCUCUCAGUUCAACUCUUGACCCCUAAUUUCUCCAUUGCAGUAUCCGCUCUCCUUGACUCGGGCUCCUCGGGGGAACUUCAUCUCCCAAAGACUUCUGAAGCAGCUGGACUUACCCCGUAAACGCCAGCCCCGGGAGCUCCGAGUCGAGAUGAUCCAGGGAAAGCCGCUUGGGCGUGGAAGGGUUAAAUAUCACACUUCACCGAUGACACUGAGGAUUGGAUGUCUGCAUGAGGAGACCAUUUCCUUUCUGGUACUGGAGGAACCCACAGUGAACAUCAUCCUGGGACGCCCCUGGCUCAAUCUACAUUCUCGGAGGUCAGAUGGGAUCCCUGCGAGAUUACUUGCUGGAGCGAGGCUUGCUUUCACAAUAGUCUCUCCACAAUAUCCAAACCAGUCAUGAUUGAAAUUAUAUAAUAAUUGAUUUUCAAUUAAUUUAAAACGGUUAAGAAUGUUUAUACAUAAACUACAGUGCAGUCAGUUCGGACGUAGCACAGUGCUCAUUCAGUAAAUGCACAAGUAAACAGAUGAGUUUUGAGUCUGGAUUUAAAUUCAAUUCAAGUUUAUUUAUUUAAAGUUUAGCGCUUUUUACAAUACAAACGUUGCAAAGCAGCUUUACAGGAAAUUAAGUUUCCACAAUAUAUUUGUAUAUUGUAGAAACUUAAUAUAUUUAAAUUAUGGCAAAAUUUGGUAAUUCUGUAUAUUGUCUGAGGGUUGGCAUUCUCUGAGGUCCUCUGAGGGGUUGGCAUCAUCUCUUCUCAGGUGUUUGGUCAUCUCAGAUCAUUUAAGGGUUGGAUCCAGACUGAAGCUUGUGUAAUUCCUAGUUAGGGAUGUUAAUCCUGUGGCAGAAACAGAGAAACAAAUAGAGACAUAAUUAGCGUAGCUGUUGUUCCAUCCAAGCAAAAAUUAUUUGCUCAACCCAAGCUAAAGAAUAAUAAUGUGCGUUUGAUCAGAUGUAACUGUAAUACAAGAUUAUGAGAUGCAUUAUAUGAAUGCUUGGCUAAAGAGAUGUGUCUUCAAUCUAGAUUUAAACAGAGAGAGUGUGUCUGAACCCUGAAUGUUAUCAGGAAGGCUAUUCCAGAGUUUGGGAGCCAAAUAUGAAAAAGCUGUACCUCCUUUAGUGGACUUUGCUAUCCUAGGUACUACCAAGAGUCCAGAGUUUUGCGACCUUAGGGAGCGUUGUAUUGUAGCAUGAUAGAAGACUAGUUAGGUAGACAGGCACUAUCCCAUUUAGUGCCUUAUAGGCAAGUAAUAACAAUUAGUAACUGACACGGAUCUUAAUAGGUAGCCAGUGCAGAGACUGUAAAAUUGGGGUAAUAUGAUCAUAUUUUCUUGACCUGGUAAGGACUCUAGCCGCUGCAUUUUGGACUAUCUGUAGCUUGUUUAUUGAAGAUGCCGGACAACCACCUAACAGUGCAUUACAAUAGUCCAGUCUAGAGGUCAUGAAUGCAUGAACUAGCUUUUCUGCAUCUGAAACAGGUAGCAUGUUUCGAAGCUUGGCAAUGUUUCUAAGAUGGAAGAAUGCUGUUUUUGUAACAUAUUAGACAGCAACUUGCCUUUUGAAAAUCAUAUUUCUCAUAACACCCAUAUUAUUAACUGUAGAGGAAGUAACAGUACAUCUGUUUUUUUGGUCCAAUUAGUAAUAUCGCUGUCUUAUCUGAAUUUAAUAGGAGAAAAUUAUUGGUCAUCCAAUCUUUUAAAUUUUUUAAAUCACCAUCGCCACACCGUUCAAGAUGAACUGAUUCAUAAGGCCCUAAAUUUAAAAAGGGCCUCACAGCAGCACUCAUGUCUUGGGUGGUAGAAAAGAAUGUGUGCAGUGCUGAUUUACAGCCAUUCAUGUGCUUGUCUUCAAAUAAUAUCUAAUGUAUGAAACUAAUUAUGAUAUACUAAUGUUCUUUUUUCUCUUCUUUUUCCUGACAGACUGUGAGUGAGAGAGACUGGCGACACUUACUAAAAAUAUACAUUUUUGCACAUUUUAUUCACUCAAUUGACAUUUACAAAAUAGCACACUUCUGUUAUGUUCUGUAUUGUAAUUCUGUUAUUAAAAUAAUAUAUUUUUUAAAAAUGAGUGUGAAUCCAUUUUUGUGUUUAACAUGUGUUUAAGAUUUACUGUGUAAUGUGUAUUUUAAAUUAAAAAGUUAGAUGUGGUGUAAAUAUGGUUGAAUAAUGGUUUUUGGUGUAUCAGCCCAAAUGUGACGGUUAAGAAUGUCACAUAAGGGCCGUCAGCCCUUUACAGAACUCAGCCACAUAAGAAUACCAUAUAAGGUCCAUAUAUCAGCCAUGUCUGUUAUUAUUAUUUGGCAGGGCUGUUGCUAGUGGGGUGAAAGGUGGUGACUAUUAUAGGGGCCCACACAGCUAUAAAGGCCAGCCUAAAAAGACGCUCAGGACAGUUCAUGGGUCACUGCUGCGUGUCGUCACGAAAGCUUAUCAUUUGCACGUGUUUUUAAGCCUUGCCAAUUUAAACAUUCAAAAGAGUUUAAAGCAUUCAAACACAAGACGCGGAAAAGCUGAACCGAGUAUUUGCGUGCCAAGUUCGGUGCACACGCAGAGAGCCUCCUCCUGUACCUGAACGAACAAAUACAAAUUUGUUUAAACAUGCAAACAGAAAAAGCCCAAUUCAGCACCUGCACGCAGUGUCCUGUGCACACAGGGUACACGAAGAGAGACGCGUCCUGCUUAAACAUUGAAUUUGCCUUUUCUACAAAAUUAUGUCAAAAUACCAGUCUUGGAGAGUAUCCUCGAGAAAACUAUCGGUUAUGUUUUAAGUGAAAGUAAACAGUGGAGAAAGAAAUCGGAUGUGUAUCAUUAUAUUGGAUGUAUUGUCUCUCAAAGUGACCGCGCCUAAUUUACAAGCUGCUGUCAGUGUCCUUAAUGUUAAUCCAAGAAAAUUAAAGAAAUUCACUCACUGCUCUUGACUAAUUAUUGUUAAAACUACAAAAUAAUUCAAUCCACAGUCAAACCAAAAAUUAUUCAGACACCAUAUAUAUAUGUAUAUAUCUAUCCGGUGGUAAAAAAAAAAAAAAAAAAAAAAAUUUUACCAAAAAUUAUACAGACACUUUGACCUGACCAUGUUUUUGCUAAUGCAACCUUUUUACACCACAGACUGAACAAAAUGAAGCAUUGCUUGGUAAUUGGUCAACAAAGUAUUGAUAGUUGUGUAAAUAUUGUCAUACUAACAGUUGUCUGAAUUGUUGGUUAAUUGAAAUCCAUUACAUACCUUUCUAUCAAAGUUAUCUGACAUUUAUCAAGAUUAAUUUGUUCUGACAAAGUUUAACUCUGAGUUCUUGUCAUAUUGUAUUACCAUUUUCUAAACUAUAGCAAAUAAACUGUAAUAAUGUGAGAAAUGGUGUCUGAAUAAAUUUAGGUCUGUAUAUUUAAUUUUAAAGACACCUACAAACUUGGAAAAAAAAGAAAAACUUAAAGAUUGUGUAAAUACAAAUAAAUAAAGAAAGAAAUAGAAUGAAUAUACAAAUUAAACAAUUUCAAACAGGGCCCACUGCUACAACCUGCACCAGGGCCCCGCAAACCCCAGCUACGGCCCUGGGUUAUGGCACUGUUUUGGUUCAGUUCUGUCUAAAAAGAUAUGGACCAGUUUUGGGCGGGCGAACACGAACUAAUCUGGGCCAGUCUUUAGCUGUUGAUAUGGGCCAGAUUAUUCCCCUCCUCUCGCCGCUUCACUCCAGUCCAGCGGGUGGCGCUAAAACACAUGCGUUUGUUUGCCAAACACCAGUAAACCUCAGAAGAAGAAGUUCAGUUUCACAGAGCUCUCUGUUGUUUUGUACUGAUGCUGGCUUCAUACAAACGUUGUGACUUAAGUGUUGAAGCAAGCAGGAAUAUCUGGAGGAGUAUCAGCUGAACUGAGAUCUGCUGCUGUGAAGAUGGUGUUUGUUAAAGAGGAGAGUGAGGAGAACAUGAUUAAACCAGAACCUUGCAGAAUAAAACACGAGGAACCAGAACCUUUGAGAAUAAAACACGAGGAACCAGAACCUUUGAGAAUAAAACACGAGGAACCAGAACCCUGCAGAAUAAAACACGAGGAACCAGAACCUUUGAGAAUAAAACACGAGGAACCAGAACCCUGCAGAAUAAAACAGGAGGAACCAGAACCCUGGAGAAUGAAACAUGAGGAACAAGGAGGCCUGAUGAAAAUGAAAGAAGAAAGACCAGAUCUGAAUGAGGUGGUGGAGAAAUAUCAGGAUCGGAAAGAUCAUCAGAAAGACAAUGGAGAAAAAUCAGUGAGUUGCAGCAUUAAAAAAACAGAAGUCAAAAAGCCUUUCAGCUGCUCUCAGUGCGGAAACACUUUCACAUGUAACAAAAACCUAAAGAAUCACAUGUUAAUUCAUGCUGGAAUAAAGCCUUUCAUCUGCUCUGAGUGUGGAAAGAGUUUUACACAGAGAGCCAGCUUUAAGAAUCACAUGUUAAUUCAUGCUGGAAUAAAGCCUUACAGCUGCUCUCAGUGUGGAAAGAGUUUUACACAGAAAGGACACCUUCAAAAACAUAUGGUAACUCACACUUCAGAAAAGCCUUUCAGCUGCUCUCAGUGUGGAAAGAGUUUUACACAGAAAGGACAUCUUCAAAAUCAUUUGGUAACUCACACUUCAGAAAAGCCUUUCGGCUGCUCUCAGUGUGGAAACACUUUCACACGUAAAGCAAGCCUUGAGAUGCACAUGUUAAUUCAUGCUGGAAUAAAGUCUUUCAGCUGCUCUGAGUGUGGAAAGAGUUUUACAUAUAAAGUAUGCCUUGAGAAGCACAUGAGAAUUCAUACUGGAAUAAAGCCUUACAACUGCUCUCAGUGUGGAAAGAGUUUCACAAGUAAAGGAUACCUUAAGACUCACAUGUUAAUUCAUACUGGGAAAAAACCUUUCACCUGUGCUCAGUGUGGAAAGAGUUUCAUGUGUAAAGGAAUCCUGAGGGAUCACAUGUUAAUUCAUGCUGGAAUAAAGCCUUACAGCUGCUCUCAGUGUGGAAAGUGUUUCACAAGUAAAGGAUACCUUAAGACGCACAUGUUAAUUCAUACUGGGAUAAAGUCUUACAGCUGCUCUCAGUGUGGAAAGAGUUUUACACAUAAAUCAAACCUUAAGAGGCACAUGUUAAUUCAUACUGGUGGAAAGACUUGUACACAGAAAGGACAACUUAAGAUUAAUUUGCUAACUCACUCUUCAUAAAAGCCUUUCACCUAAGAGCCGUACUGAACCGUACCGUGCAGUGGAAAAGCGCCAAUAGACAGGUUUUAGUUUAGUAAAUGAUUCCCACCCUAUGUAUCACGAGUUUGUCCUUCUCCCUUCUGGCAUUCGUUAUAGAAACCCCUAUUAGUAAAACAAAUUGUUAUAAACAUUAAUUUAUCCCCUCAUCUGUAAAGUUUUUAAAUUUAAGGUAAGAAAUUUUAGGAAGGAAAUGCAUUGUGUUUUUGUUGUUUAUGUGAAAUACUUGUGUGCUGCAACCAAAUUUCCUUGGGGACAUGAAUAAAGACAAACUGAUCUGAACCUGCUCUCAGUGUGGAAAGUCUUUUGCACGUAAAGGAUACCUUGAGACACAUGAUAAAGGGGUCAUCGGAUGGCCAUUUUCCACAAGUUGAUAUGAUUCUUUAGGGUCUUAAUAAAAAGUCUAUAACAUGCUUUAGUUACAAUUUCUCAAUUGUAGUGUAAAACAACACCAUUUUUGCCCUGUCAAAAACAGCUCUGUUCACAGCGAGCCGUUUCGGUGCAUGUUCCUUUAAAUGCUAAUGAGCUGUGUUCAGCCCGCCUCUCGCUUCCAUGGGGUGACAAUCGACUCUCAUGAGACUGUAAGCUUUAGCCGCCAAACUCGCUAACUAGCACAUUAUUAGGAAAGGCGAUUUGCAAAGACUCAUAAAAAAUGUUGGUAACACUUUAUUUUGAUGGUCCCUUUUGAACAUUCUGUUGACACUAAGUAAUGUUGCAACUACACGUCAAAAAACUCUCAUAAGAGUAUUACUAGACUGUCUGCUUCAUAUCUACUAACUCCUUAUUGUGUUGGUCUCCCAACAGAUAUUCUACUGACUAUAAGUAACUUUGCAAGAACGUGUCAACUUAAUCUAACCCUAACCCUACCAGUCAACUAAUACACUACUAACACUCUAAUGAGAGUCAGUAGAAAUGUAGGUGCAACGUUACUUAUAGUCAAUAGAAUGUGUUAAAGGGACCAUCAACAUAAAGUGAAACCAAAAUGUUUUCUGUCUUCACUUCUUCGGUGAAGCUGGAUCACAAAUGAUUUGCGCGAACAUAGACGCAUUUAGGUAGAUUGGGGGCACAUUCCCUUCUAAAACAAUCAAGCCACUACGUUUUCAGCAGCUCAGAUAGCAGGAGUAAAUGACAACUGCUGUGUUAAUAUUUACAUUCAAUUCAAGUUUAUUUGUAUUCAUGAUACCAAUCAUUGCAAAGCAGCUUUACAGAAAAUAUUACAUUUCUACAUUAUAUUUAGGCUUAGGUUACAAGUGGUGAUUAUGGCAGAAAUGUUCAGUAAGAAUCGUGCAGUUAGUUACAAAUUACAUGUAAUCAAACAGACGGUGAACACUAUUAACUGCAAUGAUUAUAUGUUGCGAUUAAACUUUGCAAUUGGGAUGAAACGUUUCUAUUAAGCAAAAGUUGGUAGUUUUAUAUGUUGUUCCAGGGUUAGCAUCAUCUGAAGUCUUCUGGGGAUUGACAUCUUGAAGAAGGAAAAAAAGGAGAGAAAUGAAAGGGAAAAAAGAGAAAAGAAAUGGAAAAAGAGAGAAUGAAAAUUCAAGAGCCCCUGUGCAAUUUUUAUGUUUUGUUGUUAAUAAAUUGUCACAUUUUACUGAAAAGUACUUUCCUCUCCAAAUUUCAGGUUGUAACACUGACAAGGAGGAAUACGGUUCGAUUCCCAUCACUGAAAUAUAAGAAACCUUUAUCUUUCCUAACAUUGUCAUUUUCUUUCAAUUUUAUUAAGUUUAUUAUUAGCGUAUUAUUAUUAUUUUUACAAAGUAUUUUGACAAAUGCUUCAAAGGUGCUACAUAAUAUAAAGGUAUUAUUAAAAAAUAAAAUUAUCAUCUGCAUUGUUUACUGAAAAAGUUUUAAAAUAAUAAACACUUUCUGAUAUGAGCAACAGAGUUUUAUUUUAACAGAAACAAAUUAAACAGGUGGUGGACCCCAUACAAAAAAAAAUAACAUCACAAAUAUUGAUUAUAUCAAUGUUAUAUCAAUGUUAAACUGGGAAAAUAAAUAGCACAUUAAAAUAACAUGUACUUAUAGAAUAUAUAUUAAAAGUGUAACAGGAUAAAGAUUUCUGUUGUAACUAUAACAAAACAACCAGAUGAUGGACCACUCACACACAGUGAAUAAACCAUAAUAAAAUGUUAAACCAGGAAAAUAAAUUUUAUAUCAAAAUUAUAUGUAAUUAUAUAUUAAAAUUGAUUUAAGAACAGAAAUUAUUUAUAUAAAAAAGCGUAAGACCACAGACAGUAAAUUCCAAUUGUUAAAGUUUUAAAGACUAUAGACUGUUAAAGAUGAAAAUAUUGGAUCAAAAUUAUAUGGAACAAAAUUAUAAACGCAACACUUUUGUUUUUGC